ACGAAGUGGUGUGAAGUGCAAUUUCGUUUAGGAUAUACACAUGGGUCAGGUCUUGUGCAACAUCGUCGUUCAUUGGAGUAAUAAAUGUUUUCUAUCAUCACUUAUUGAAUUUUCGUCAACAUUCUCACUCAUCUGCAGGCUGUGAUUUGGUGUUGAUCAAGGCUAGCCAUUGGCCAGGGCUUGGUCUUCUGUCCCACUCAACCCGGUGGCAAAACGCGCAGGGAAACAAUGGCCGAAGACACACCGGAUAACGAUGCAUGGGAUGCAAAAUUUCUGGAGGACGAAGAAAUGGAUUUUUUUACCGAAUUGGCCCUUCAUGAAACGGAGAGAUGGAUACAGGCUGUUACCAGGAAGACAUUUGUGUAUCCUGAUGACCCCCGCAAAUCCCUGGAGAAUGGAAUACUACUCUGCGAAUUACUUAACUGUUUGCGGCCUGGCUCGGUCAAGAGGAUCAACAAACAAGCCACACCUAUAGCAGGAUUGGACAACCUGAAUGUGUUUUUGACCUCUUUGAAGAACCAUUUUGGUCUCCCAGACUCACACUUGUUCGAUGUUGCUGACCUGGAAGACUUGUCACAGAGAGCAAUAGCAGACUCUGAUCAACUGAAACAAGUAGCAGAUCGACGACUGAGAAAUGUUGCCAUCACUGUGUACUGGCUAGGCAAAGUUGUAAAUCAAUCAUUCCAAGGACCACAUCUAGACUUCACUGCUUUUGCACCUCUGGUGCACCAUCACUCCAAGGACAUCAUAUUAAAUGACCAUUUCAGACGGGACUCCUCUUGUUCAUGGGAGUCUAAUGAAUAUUGCAGUGCUUACGGGUCUCAUGAAGGAAAUUCUCUCGGGAAUAUACGAGAACAAGAAAACCGCCAUCAUAGAGACAGUUCUUAUGAGUCUUAUGCAUCCUAUGAAAAAGGUUCUGAAGAUAGCCUAGAUGAACAAGUGUUUGACAACAUGCCAGUCCGCUAUGGAAGCCAGUCUGCACUCAACAAGAUGGGUGAUGGCAUGUAUUCAGAUGACCGACAAAACAGCAUGUACCGAAGUAGCCCUGAUCUUUCACAGGGGUCAUAUCACAGAAGGUCUUCCUCCAACGACAGUCUAGAUGGAUCUUACCAUGGCAGCCACUCACGGCAGUCGUCGGGGAGCAUGGAGAACUAUCCCACUAGGCCACAUCGCCGCACAAGUUCUUCCACAGCUGAUCCACUGCAGUUUGUGAAGAUGCAGAAACAGACAGACUUGGCCAAGAAAGCUGAGGAGCAAAUGAAGUUAGCUGCCACACAGAAGGAGAUCAAAAAGGAUGUGUCUGUCAGCAAGGACGAAGAUGACUGGCUGUCAAACCUCAGUAGCUGGAAGACACGGAGGAAGAGCCAGUCCCAUCAGGCAUAUCAGCUGAAGGAGGAGUUGGAGGAACUCUCCAAAGACAAGGAAGAGGAGGUGAAGACAACUUUACAGACAAAGACCUUCAGUCAGAUGCAGCAAGAGAGAGAGCGGCGUAAGAGUUCCAAUGUGAGAAGUUUCUACCCUGUAGAAGAGAAUGAGGAGGAGAGUGAUGUGAACACACGGCAGGAAUCUGCCUACAUCAGCAGUGACAGUAUCACAACAGGACUGCAGUUAAGUACCAGCACCGAUGCAGUGGCUCACUGGGCAAAUGACAGUGAAGGUGAAAAUGAAGAUAAUAAUAACAAUCAGUCAGUUGAUAAUAAGAAUGGAAUGCUUGAGGAUCCUUUUGAUGAGCCUGAAACAUCUCCUGGGAGGAAACCAAGUCCGAGUAAGAGGCGAUCUGGUAAUAUGGAUAGCCAGUCUUCUCCAGAUAACAGAGAUUGGGAAGUGAGGAAAAGUGUUUCAAAUAAAAAUUCACGCAAUAGCCUUGAAUCUACUCCUGCAUGCAACAAAAUUAACGAUAUCAGACACAGGUUUGAACAAACUGUUGAACAGCCAAAAUCUCUAUCUUCCGCAGUUCAUACAAAAGUGGAUUUGAAAUCUCGCCUUGAAUCAUUUGAAAACAGAGAUAAUUAUCCAGAACCAGUGCACUCCUCAAGGAUAUCAGACAGUGAGAACAGCUUUUCUACGAGAUCUGUUGCCAAUGUUGGGGACGAUUCUCGAUUCAGGCGUAGUAAUGUGAGUGAAAGUGCUUCAGCCAUGGAAACUAGGUUUUCACGGAGUCAUGAAAAUGGUGCAGAAAGAGGUGCCAAGGAUAAUGGCAGUGGCAGCCCAAAACGGAUUUAUAGAGAAACAUCUACCACCUCUACAAAAAAUAUGUAUGGAAGCUUGCGGAAAUCAGGCCGGGACUAUACAGAGAAAAAUAUCAAAAUUAGUCAGAAACCAAAUAGUGAAAAAGGUUUUGGAUUUACAAUACUUGGAGGAGUAGAUACCCAACAGCCAGUGACAGUGCAGAAGAUCACACUAGGAAGUGCAGCUGAUGUGUGUGAGGUUUUGGCCAGGGAUGAGAUCCUGUCCAUCAACAAAUGUGAUAUUUCCAGCCGGACCAAUGUUGAGGUGUCCCAGCUGAUUCAAGGUGCAGUCAAGACAGGCCAGCUGGAGCUCAGGGUGAAGCGCUUCCUUGGGAGCAAUGAUGAAGAAGAUGAAUUUUUAUCUAGUGAUGAUGAGUUUGAGUCGAUGGAGCGAUCCCGGAGUAGCGCAGUCCAUGGAGAGGACCCCAAACAUGAGGGUAACACCUCCUACGACAGCAGAGACUCAACAACAUCUCAGGAAGAUUUCCGUGCAGCAGUGAACAAGAACCCAGUGGCCAGUGCUCUAGAUGAGGAGAGACAGUGGAUCAUGGACCAGCUGGACUAUGGACACCCCACACCACAGGAUGAGGUGCAGGAACCAACAGCCAGACACCAUCUGUACAAGGAUCAAGAGCGUGAGAGUUUUGAGCCCAUCCAUCAGGAGUCCUCCAGCCCACGCCAGCUGGCCUCUGAGCCAUACACAAGCCCCACCAGAGCAGAGGAGGUCCUGACCCGGCCCACCAUCACAAUGAGACGCGAGACGGGGACACGGGGGAGUGGACAAACAACCCCGGACCCCAGGCCUGCAGCCGAAUUUGACACCCACUAUGAGAUGGAGAAACGAAGCCAGCAUCAGGCGGGGCCACACGGUGCUGGGGCAGAUGAUGUUGGUCCACCAGCAAUCUUGAGGAAGUGGCAGAGACAGAGACCACAAUCAGAGUACACCUUUGAGAGAGAGAAAUCACCUGACAAGCAUCUCAGUUCUACAUUGCCAUGGAUGGAAAACAAAUUGGCAGCAAAUGAUCCCAAGGAUGAUCUAGUUCUGGAGAGAACAGUGAGGGACUAUGCAUCCUCUCAGCCAGAACCACCGGUCCCAUCACCACGGCGACGAUUUGAAGACCACAAAAAGCAAGAAGAGUGGAACCAGAAGCAGGAAGACUUGAGACAGCAACCUGACUCCAACCAGAGAGAGGUGGAAGUCACAAAGGAGAUAUUUUCUGCCUCCCAGACAACCCUGCAGCAGGAAUAUGAGAGUGACAUCAGACGAGCCCAGGAGAUUGCUAAGCAGCGGGAAGAACAGGAGCAGCAGAUGUUGGAGCCAGAAUUGCGGCGGAUGCGAGUUACGGAGGAGCGGAGACAAGAGCGCAGGAUGCGACAGCAGCAGUUACAGCAGUCAGCAGCGGAAACGAGUCCGGAGUACGUGCUGCGACACCAAGAGGACACUGUUCAGCCCUUCCAGCUCUAUGAGCAGAACAGCAAUACUGCUGACUCAGUGCCUGAUGAAAAAACUAGGUCUACCAUGUCAUUCCAAAUACAAGGUCAAGGGCAAUCCCAGGGUCAAGGUCAUCCAGGUGUGUUAGUGAUUGACCCAAGGAACAGAGGUGAUGAAGAUUCCCAGCCCGGCUACAACUUCCAGGUGAACAUCAACCAGCCCGGGUUGUCCGAGGACAUGUAUGUCCACCCUACCCAGCAGGCAGCCACCUACCAACCACCUUUUGUAGAUGUGGAGGCAAUCCGAGAGGAGGAGAGGAGGAAAAUAAGAGAAGAAGAGAGGAGGAGAAGAGAGGAGGAGGAAGACCGAAGAUUCAGAGAUAAAGAAGCAAUCCUCAGAGAACAGGAGGAACAGCUUCGUCAGAAGGAGGAGCAUCUGAGACAGGAGCAGGAGAGAUUUCACCAAGAGCAGGAGCAGCUGCAGCUGCUGAGGGCUUCUGCUGAGCAGCAAGCUGAUGUCACCCGAUUCGAAGCGCCAGUGUCACAGGUGAGGGAGGCCUCCCCUUCCUAUCAGUCGACAAUCACACAGAAACGUCUAGAGAAGAUGCGCAACCAGGCAGCCCCUCAUUAUUCCACAACAGUGGUGGUGGAGCCCAAACCUUGGCAGCAAAGCCAUGUCAAGUUAGUGACUGAUGGCAGUGGUAAGCCGACCUUCUCACGAGAAGAUAUGUUAGCCAUGAACAGGAAACCCACACCUUUACAGACUCGCCCAGAUACAACUCCGCCAAACAGUCCCACUGGCUCAGGGCCAAUCAAACGUCCCACUCCAUCCAGGGAACAAUUGCGUUCCCUCAAUGCUGUGCCCAAACCCAAAUUCAGAUCAUCACAUGAUUGGAUUGGCGGUGAACAAAAUAUGCAACAUAAUACGCGAAGUUUUCCAUCAUCAAGACAUUCUGAUAUCAUGAGAAAGCAAUAUUCUACCCCACAAGAACACUGGUUAUUUGAGGAGGCAGAGAGAAGGAGACUGGCAAACCAGGAUCCUAAAUCUCAAACCAGACAACCCACACAAACACAGUUUAGUGGUCCCAUCAAACCUACAGCAGAUAAUCGCUGGAGAGGGGAGCCGUCUAUGGAUAGGAGACAGUCUCCGAAUUUAAACUCCUCUUUUGAGCCACAUCACCCAGAAGGAAACAUGCCAGCUGCUAUUCGCCAGACUCUUUUGCAGAAAACAGCAGGUGCCCGUGGUUCAACUGGGAGCAACUAUUCACAGGAUCUGGGUGGGUCUUACAAUCAACACCCUUACCAAGGUCCAUCAUUGUCACAAACCAUGCCAACAUCUUACAACUACAACAGCCCACGUUACAGGGACCAACAAGGUCAAGAUAUUCAAGUACCACCAUCAAGCCGAGCACCGCCACCCCCUCAGAAGUCGGAUUCCUCCACAGCUCUAAGUGGCAGACAACAGUGCUCUCAUUGCAACCAGGAGCUAGGAUUUGGUGCAGCAAUGAUCAUCGAGUCCCUGGGUCUAUCAUACCAUGUGCAGUGUUUCAAGUGCUGUGUGUGUCACACACCACUAGGGAAUGGCAGUGAAGGUGCUGACGUCCGGGUCCGGGUCAACAAGCUGCACUGCCCCAACUGCUACAGCAACGAUGAAGCUGGCCUGAAAUUCAGCAAAGUUUAACUGGUGCAGUUAAACAAGUGUUGACCAUCUUCAGAACUCCAUGAGAGAUAGUGUUUCUUCACUGAUACUGUGAAGUUGUUGUCUAUUUUAUUGAAUGGCUGUUGAAUUGCACCAGAUGGAGUCCCUGCAUCCAAGUAUCGUGAGCCUUUCCAUGGUUUCAUAUUGAUGCUGUUAAUCAUCAAUAUGUUACAAAAUCAAACUAUUGUAGUCUUAAUAAUGUUUCACGCAAUAUGCAUGUAAUCAGUUUUUCCCCACGAAGAGCUUAAAUGUAACACAUGUUAAAGCACCCAAUUAUCCCUAUAUUGUAUUUGCUAUUAAUGGUGUAGCAUAUUUGGCUGACUGGACCAUGUCCUAGCUUUCUCCAGCUACCAGAUGGUGUGGAUGUCAUAUAUGAUGUAAUCAUAUAAUGUUCCUUAUCUCCUGGGUGGAGUUGGUCACUUUAGUGUCAACGUUUGUCUGUUCAACAUGGAGUAUAGUGGACACAGAAGUCCACAAGUUAAUUGCAAUGUAUGUGGAUGGAGUACAGAGAAAAGAAACAUUGAUUUGUUCUUAAAUCUGUCAGAAAAGACAGUGUUGUUUUUAAGACUCCUGUUAUAAAAGCUUUGUAGAAUAACGUUGACCUGUCAUUACCAUUAUUGUAAAUACUGUACAUAAGUUAGAUGUAUAUGGAUUUGUUGGAGUGUACCUGAUGGACCAGAUGAUACAGGAGUUAGAGUUAGCAGAUGGGCAUGCCUAUGUAUAUGAGAUAGGAUGUACAUAUUCCACAUAUUCCAUGUUGUUUGUCUCUGUACAUGCUAUAGUGAUAGUAAGAGCAUGAUUUUUUUACUUAUGGUUUUCAUGUAGGUCAAGAAUAUACAGACGAUAAGUCAUCAAUAUGAUUUUGCAACAACUGCUUCAGAAUAUUGUUACUCUUCUCAUUUUAUUGCCCCUCCACAUUACUGUUUUAUUUUCUUCUUUCACUAGUCUAUUUAUGCUAGAUAGGAGCUGUGUGUUGCAAGGCAAAGAGCGUCUGUAGACACAUCAUGAGUAUGUAGGCCACACUGUGUGGAUUGUGUGUCUCAGGGGAGAUUGUCUGGGGGCACAUUGGUCCAUGAAUCUGGAGUAUGUUGUAGGAAAUGGGAGUAAAGCUAAAUAUGCGGUACUGAUGGAACAAGAAUUUGCAAUACUUGUGCUUAAAAUUGGUUUUGAUAAUUGCAGAAAUGCUGUCUAUAGAUGGAUCCUUUGUGUAUAUAUUGCAGAUUUAUGCCUGUACCUCAGCACCUAUAUAUACACCAAACCUGAUCCAUAAUACAAACAAUACACACACUGGGCUUUCAAAUGUGCAUUUAAGAAUUUGGCUUCUAGUUUAGAAUAACAUUCAGAAUAUAGAAGGUACAGGAAUUGUCAUUGUUAAAUGAAUGCAUAUUAUAUUUUACUUGAUACAAGUAUCACCUGGCGUUUGGAGUAUGCAAACCAUUUUGCCUUUUGCUGUGCUGGUAUUAAUCAGAUUUGUUAUACUUUCAGUCAAUAGUCAUUUAUGCUGGACUUGUAUUUUCAUACCUAAGAAUAUAUUUUUUGGCAUCAAAUAUAAAGGAAUUCAGAACUAAUUUUGCAUGUAGCUGUAGAUACAAUGUACUCAGUUAGUAAUUUUUGUAUAUCAUAUGUACCCAAUAUGUUUUGGUCACAUGGUGAAACAACCAUUAUUUUCACUUGCAAGGAUAGCUCUUUAUCUGUUCCUAGUAGGGAAUGAGCUUAGUGCAGUACUUACUGUGAAAAAAAUGCUUUGUGCAUGUUAUGGAACCGAAGGAAUGUCUGGUUGAUAAUCCUUUGUUUCUGAUACAGGAUUUGUGAGGCUGCAAUUGUUACCAUUAUGUCUUUUAGUAAUUUCUGUCCAAGGAACAUGUCUCGGGCCACAAUUGCAUGACUUGGUGUAUCACUUGGUUGUGAAGGUCAAUCACACCCUCGUGAUCUGUUUUACCAAUUUGUUCUGAAGGUCUGCACAACAUCCAAGUGAUUGGUUUUACCAAUUGGUUGUGAAGGUCUGCAACAUCCUCAUGAUUGGUUUGACCUAUUGGUUGUGAAGGUCCACCACAUCUUAGAUAUCGUUUUGACCAAUUGCUUGUGAAGGUCCACCACAUCCUCGUGAUUGGUUUGACCAAUUGGCUGUGAAGGUCCACCACAUCCCAGUAAUCGGUUUUACCAAUUGGUUGUGAAGGUCUACAAAAUCCUAGUGAUCGAUUUUACAAAUUGGUUGUGAAGGUCUGCAACAUCCUAGUGAUUGGUUUGACCCAUUGGUUGUGAAGGUCUGCAACAUCCUCAUGAUAGGUUUGACCAAUUGGUUGUGAAGGUCUGCAACAUCCUCAUGAUAGGUUUGACCCAUUGGUUGUGAAGGUCUGCAACAUCCUAGUGAUCGGUUUGACCAAUUGGUUGUGAAGGUCUGCAACAUCCUAGUGAUCGGUUUGACCCAUUGGUUGUGAAGGUCUGCAACAUCUAGUGAUCGGUUUUACCACUUGGUUGUGAAGAUCCUCUACAUCCUCGUGAUCGGUUUGACCAAUUGGUUGUGAAGGUCCACCACAUCCUAGUGAUCGGUUUGACCAAUUGGUUGUGAAGGUCUGCAACAUCUAGUGAUCGGUUUUACCACUUGGUUGUGAAGAUCCUCUACAUCCUCGUGAUCGGUUUUGCCAAUUGGUUGUGAAGGUCCACCACAUCCUAGUGAUCGGUUUGACCAAUUGGUUGUGAAGGUCUGCAACAUCUAGUGAUCGGUUUUACCACUUGGUUGUGAAGAUCCUCUACAUCCUCGUGAUCGGUUUUGCCAAUUGGUUGUGAAGGUCCACCACAUCCUAGUGAUCGGUUUGACCAAUUGGUUGUGAAGGUCUGCAACAUCCUAGUGAUCGGUUUUACCAUUUGGUUGUGAAGAUCCACUACAUCCUCGUGAUCGGUUUUACCAAACGGUUGUGAAGGACCACAGUUCUAUGGCUAAGUAUUCCAUUAUUUUGUAUUGGUCUCAAAUCUGAGACAUCUGUGACAAAUGGCCAAUCAUAUUAUGAUUUUGAAAGUUAUGUCACAUAGUUGCAGACACAGGCCAGGUAGAUAUGACUGACAACAGUGACAGCUAAUGUAUGAGUGCACCCACCAUCCUAAUGCACUGCUUGUGUUACCCAUGUCCUUGCACCCUCACUGGUGUGAAGGAAUAGCUACACUCGGGGCUGAGAUUCAGUGAAAUAGCAGACACCACAGUUUGUGAUGGCUGAUAAGGUUUGUAUAAGGGUAGACAACAUGCAUUAUGUUUAUACUAUAUCUGUUAAUAUGUUAAAUGUGUAAUAGACCUUAUGAACAAAAAGUGGAGAUGUGAGUCUCAAACUACAUUGUGUAUGGUUAGGAAUGUUCAAUAUCUCCAUUUGCACUUUGCUGUGGAUUUAAAGACCUACUUUUUGUUAAUUAAGAAAAGAAAGUUUUUAAAUUUAAUGGAAUGUCCAGUUUUUCUAUUGGUAAUUUCUAGCCUCAGUUGUGUAGCUGUUGACAGGCCAGGUGUCUGAUAUGGCUGAGCAAGUGUUAACUGGGACUAGUUUCACAUAUUAUUCCAGUGGAAACAUACAGGGGUAUCUGUUGAUUGAUUUCUACAUCUUUGAAAGAUUUCUUGAAAUUAAUUUCUUUUAUUUUUAAAUGUUCAAGUUUUGGGUUAUUUAUAAGAACAUAGAUCUGCAGAAAGGGUGUUAUAGUUCAGGUUAAUAUGUAUUUUGAAGUUCACUUGGUAAAAUGUACACCCAUACUACUUACUGAAGAUGUAAUGAUGUGACAGAUGGUAAGUUCUGGUUGUGCCACCCCGGAGUGGUGCUGCUGUGUUUCUCCAUGUGUUUAGCCUACCUACAUCAGAGGAAGGUCAGGGUCACCAGCAUGGGAGUCCUCAACCACAGCACUGCUACAGAGGAUAAACAUGCUGAUGCCACUUAAUUUGUAAAAUAUACAAUUUGGAAUAAUUUGUUUAUGUACAUACCAUUUUUAGAAAAGCAGUUGUCUUUUAAAAUGUUCCAAAUUAUUUAGGUUAAGCAUUAUGAAUUUGUUACUCGGUUGUUAUUUAAACCAUGUUAAAGUUUGAACAUGUGAUAUACUCUCCUUUACCACCAACUGAUGUUAAGAUUGACCUUGAUGCAGUUCAUGUAAGUCAUAAGGUAGUGACAUAAUCACUUCUAUUUGAUAAGUUCUAGUUUGCUCUGUCGUGGUGCACCUGUGUGGGAGACAUGGGGAGAGUCGAGCUUGUCACAUAUCAGCUCGUGUGGAGGUGCACCUGUGUGGGAGACAUAGGGAGAGUCUAGCUUGUCACAUGUCAGCUGGUUUGGAGGUGCACCUGUGUGGGAGACAUAGGGAGAGUCGAGCUUGUCACAUGUCAGCUGGUGUGGAGGUGCACCUGUGUGGGAGACAUAGGGAGAGUCUAGCUUGUCACAUGUCAGCUUGUGUGGAGGUGCACCUGUGUGGGAGACAUAGGGAGAGUCUAGCUUGUCACAUGUCAGCUGGUGUGGAGGUGCACCUGUGUGGGAGACAUAGGGACAGUCUAGCUUGUUAGCUGGUGUGGAGGUGCACCUGUGUGUUCUUUAUGCUGGUGAUGUACCACACUGACAACAUCUAGAAUCAUGUAAUACACUGUCAGUACAAGCUGAGGAUAUAUGCUGAUAUCACAAUAUGCAGCAAUAAAGAAAUAAUAAUGUUAA